CUUUGUUUAACAACUAACUUGUAUAUUUUUUUUUAGACAAUUUCCUUAUUACCUAAUUUACCUAGAGAGAGAAAAUAAAAAAGAUGAAAAGUUAUAAAAUAAAAUUAUCGUCCCGAACAGCUGCUAGAAUCGCGACCGGCACCACCGAAAAAUCCUUAAAAUGGAAAUCUUACAAGAACCUCGUAGCUCUCGGCAUUUCGUUUUUCCUGCUAUUCUCGGUCUUCCAAGCUCUAUCCACCCUUCAGACAAGCGUAAAUGCUUAUAGAGAACUGGGAUCCACCUCGAUGUGCAUAAUAUACGGAUUUUUCAUCUGUUCUGGUCUAUUUUUACCGAAAUUGCUCAUAUCAUACCUAACUAUCAAAUGGACCAUGGUCUUGUGCAUGUUCAUGUAUACCAGUUUCGUGGCCGUCAAUUUUAAACCGGCCUGGUACACGCUUUUCCCAACGUCGGUUCUAUUGGGACUGGCAGCUGGUCCCCUGUGGAUAUCCCAAUCGGUCUACGUAACUUCUAUGAGCAAGCUGCUUUCCAAGCCCGUUUCAGGAAACGAGGAGAAGAAUGACAAAAAUCGAGUAGAUAUAUCCGUUAUAUCCACGCCGCAGCCGCCUUCCAACUCCGUUGGUACCAUGGUAAAUUGUAAAAAAUUUACGAUGAAAAUUGGCGAAAUAGGAACGCGGACAAUCGAAAAUAGCGAGCAAGCGGGGAAUAUGGCGCCCUUCUUGUUCGGAAUUUUUUUUACGUUUUAUAACACCGGUAUGGUAUUCGGCCAAUUAAUUUCUUCGCUCACGUUAAGGAGCGAUAUCGUAACUAAAUCGCGCGACAACUAUAGUAUCUUUAACCAUUCUAUCAACUGCGGAUCGGCCUUUUGCUUCAAUUACGAAACGGAGGCUUCCAUUUUCAAGCCCUCCUUGGCUAAAAUGUACACCCUAUACGCCGUAUAUACCGCGGUGUCCCUUUCCGCUCUAUUGGUAGUCGCCAUUUUUGUGGAUAAUCUACCGAGAGAAUCUGUUAAAGAUGAGAACGGUAUCGAAAGAGAUAAUUCCGUUUCGACUAUGUGCCUGUCCACCUUAAAUCAGAUGCGGGAUCCUAGGCAACUACUUUUGAUUCCGCUUUCCGUUUACUACGGAUUGCAUCAAGGCUUUAUAUCGGCCGAUUUUUCAAAGGCAUACGUAACAUGUUAUUACGGAGUGGCUUACCUGGGAUUCGUGAUGAUGGUAUACGGAGGGGUCAGCGCUAUAGUUUGUCCCAUUUCGGGUUACCUUACCAAGAAAUUACCCUGUUGGUCACUGUUUUUAAUUGCCGCUAUAACCCAUUCCUGUAUAGUUUACCCGACUUUGACUUUCGCUACCCAAGAUUUUUCUAGCCACUUUUAUCUGAUGUUUAUCGUAGCUGGCUUAUCGGGAUUCUUCUAUGGACUUUGUCAGCCCCAAAUCAGUGGUUUAUACAGUUCGAUAUUUCCAAGAAAUCCCGAGCCGGCAUUCGCCAAUCAUAGAUUAUGGGAAUCUGUUGGAGUGAUAAUAAGUUUUAGUUAUCACGAGGUCUUAUGUAUGAAAUCAAAGCUCAUUUUCUUGACGGCCAUUUUAGCUUUGGCUACCGUCUCUUACAUUGUUUUGGAGACCAGACUCAAAAGGAAAUCCCGAGAUAAUCAGCACAUAUAACCCUGUAUUCACAGCGCAAAUUCGCUGCAAAGUCAAUGAUAUAUAUUGAUACCUAGAUGGACGUUGCAUUCAUAAUAAUGAAUUUAAAAGCAUCGUUGAAUGAAAAUCAACUGGACUCGCCAUUUGCAACCCGUAUAGCAAUUAUUCUCAUUUGAAAACUACUCUUACAUUGAUAACUUGCUUCCUUUAUUAUCUCGACGAUCAGGCAAUUCUUUAGUAAAGUUUGCGUCAGACAUAGGAAUAAAUUGGCCUCUCGUUUAAAAUUUUUAAUAAUGAUAUGGGUAACCAAAAU